UCCUCCUCGUCCUCCUCCCCUUUGAGAAGCGAGAUCCCCAAACAGAGCGAGCGAAGCAGCUGCCACCUCGCCGCCGGCCGCGCGCGUGGAUGCCCCCGCGGAGCCCGCGCCCAUGGCGUCCGUUUCGUCCGCGUCGUACCCGUCGCAGGCCGUCCUCCUCCUCCUCCGCCUGCCGCUCCAGCCCGCCGGAGGCGCGUGCCUCCGCUGCCGCCGCGCGCAGAGGAAGGAGCCUGUGCUCGUUCCGCCGUUAGGGAUCUCCUGCGGCGGGGCGCGGAGUGCGGGGGCCGGGCUCCUGCUGCCGCUGCCUGCGCUGCGGGCGGCCGAGGGGAAGGACGGGCGGGCCGUGACCAAAGAGGAUGAGGCGGCGGCGGCGGUGGAGGAGGAGGAAGAGGAGGAGGUGAGGAGGGAGGAGGGUAAGCCAGGAGACGAUGGGUCCCGAGAGGCUGCGGCGAGGGGGUCGGGGCGGUUCUCCGCGGACUACAUCUCGCUAGGCAUCAGGGAGCCCGUUUACGAGGUGAUAGAAGUGAAAUCUAAUGGGAGGAUGUCUACAAAAAAAAUAAGCCGGAGGCAGCUGUUGAAAUCGAGUGGCCUCCGUCUACGAGAUACCAGAAGCGUUGAUCCUUCACUGUGGCUAAUGAAUUCAAUGCCUUCCCUGCUGGUCCGUGAACAAGCCAUAUUAGUCAAUCUUGGUUCCUUGCGAGCAAUUGCUAUGCAUGAGCGUGUUCUUAUAUUCAACUACAACAGCCCAGGAGGAAAGGCAUUUUUAGACUCAUUGCUACCACGGUUAAAUCCAAGAAACAUCAAUGGUGGACCAGCAAUGCCAUUUCAACUUGAGGUUGUCGAAGCUGCACUGCUUUCUAGAAUACAAAGGUUGGAGCAAAGGUUAAUGCAUAUUGAGCCUCGUGUGGGUGCUUUACUUGAAGUUCUACCAAAUCGGUUGACAGCUGAUGUGUUGGAGCAGCUUCGUCUAAGCAAACAGGCAUUGGUUGAGCUGGGUUCACGAGCAGGUGAUCUCAAACAAAUGCUUAUUGAUCUCCUAGAUGAUCCUCAUGAAAUCCGUCGCAUAUGCAUAAUGGGAAGAAAUUGCACGCUUGACAGAUUGAGUGAUGACAUGCAGUGCUCCGUUCCUUUAGAGAAGCAGAUUGCUGAAGAAGAAGAGGAAGAAAUUGAAAUGCUGUUGGAAAAUUAUCUUCAAAGAUGUGAAUCAAUCCAUGGUCAAGCAGAGAGACUUCUUGAUUCUGCAAGAGAAAUGGAAGAUUCAAUCGCAGUUAACUUAAGCUCGCGGAGACUCGAAGUAAGUAGAGUUGAGUUGCUUCUUCAGGUUGGAACAUUUUGCGUUGCAAUAGGAGCAUUAAUUGCAGGAAUAUUUGGCAUGAAUCUUAAAUCAUACCUCGAGACAAACGCGUGGGCAUUUUGGGCGACGACCGGUGGAAUAGUAGUUGGAGCGGUAGCUGGAUUUUUCAUCAUGUACUCUUACCUAAAGACUAGAAAGAUAUUGUAAACCCUGUAGCAUAUGUACUCCUAGGACUGUAAAUAAUUUGAUUUUGAUCCCAUUUGGAAAGUCAUUGCUGGAGGCACACGUACGUACAGACUCCAGAGGCUAAGAUUGCUUUGGUGCGGCGACGAUUCUGAACUUUGGACCGAUCGUUUGCUGCACGCGUGAGGAAGCUUAACAGCCUAGCACCAUAGCAUGUUUUGGAUCUUUUACUUAAAACCUUUGUGAUUUCAUGAUUGCAUUUGAUGAGAGGCUGAGUGGUGGAAAUCUAGAUUGAUCGAUGUUACUGGUUUCCUUUGAGUGGUGGAAAUCCACUUUGUCCUGCGUCGACAUGUUCAUGGAUUUACCCUUGUGUUUUCACUUCCGUACCAAAUAUAGGUCUGGUUGGAAAAAUUGUUGGUCCCAUC